UUGGACCAAUCUUGUGACUGCUUGCCUCUGCCUGGCUGACUGUGUGGGAGACUGGAGGAAGGAGAAGUGAUGCCUCGCACACUCCGGAGGAGCACAUAGUCAUAGUUUCUCUCUUGUUUUUUUUGUUUGUUUGUUUUUUGUUUUUAGUCUUUUCUAUAAUUUCCAGAAUGCUGAGAAGAGACCGCCUCUUCUUAGCGGCAACCCUGACAGCAAUCUUCUCCGCUGACCUCUACUUCAUCCUCCUGCCCAAGCUGAGGAGUUUGGGGAGAACACACUCUUGUCCAUGCGGUUCCAGCAACCUCAGCCUCCCGAAGCAGGGAGGUCUGGCCACGCCGCUGCUCUCCAACUGGACUUCUGUGCCGCUGCUGGACGGCGCCACACCUGAACCUGCGGAUGGAGGCUCGAAGCUGGGGAAGCUGUUCGCUCACCCUCUGUACAACAUCCAGACUCCGGCGCUGGGACCGGAGGAGAGGCUGCUGCAGGCGGAGCAGCUGAUUGAGUACUACAGGAGGAAGGUGUCGCGCUGGGAAAGACACAUGAAGCUGUACAGUGAGGCAGCGGCUGAAGCCAACAUCACUGUGACUGAGCAUGAGGUGACCUACGACCCCGACGCCAGCUGGCUCAAGUUCCACCUGGGAAUCAACCGCUACGCUCUGUACUCGCGCGAUGACCCGGCUGUCCUCCAGCUCCUCAAGGACAUGCAGAACAUGGCAGUUGUCAGCGCAGAUUACACUCAAGAUGAGAAAGCCCUGAAAGGAGCGUGUGAUUGCACCCAAGUGGUGAAACCCAGCGGGCAUCACUUGAAGCUGGCUCUGAAAAUGAAGAACUUCGCUAAAGCCAUGUUUAAACCGAUGAGGCAGCGGAGGGACGAGGAGACUCCCGAGGACUCCUUCUACUUCGUCGACCUUCAAAGGCACAACGCAGAGAUCGCUGCUUUCCACCUGGACAGGAUCCUGGACUUCCGGAGGGUCCCACCGGUCGCUGGCAGGCUGGUGAACGUCACCGGAGAGGUUCUCCAGGUGACCCACAAUGAAGACCUGCGAGCUGUGUUCUUCACCUCACCAGCCAACAACACGUGCUUCUUUGCCAAGUGCCUGUAUGUGUGUAAGACUGAGUAUGCAGUGUGCGGCAGCCCCGACCUGCUGGAGGGAUCACUGUCGGCCUACCUGCCCGGCCUCAGCAUCGCUCCCCGCAUCUCCAUCCCCAACCCCUGGACACGCUCCUACACCUUUACCGGACGAGAAGAGUGGGAAGUGAAUCCAUUCUACUGCGACACCGUGAAGCAGCUGUACCCCUAUAACUCAGGCAACAGGCUCCUCAACAUCAUAGACAUGUCCAUCUUCGACUUUCUGAUCGGCAACAUGGACAGACAUCACUAUGAGAUUUUUACCAAAUUCGGGGACGAAGGAUUCCUGCUUCACCUGGACAACGCCAGAGGGUUUGGGAAACACUCUCAGGAUGAGAUGUCCAUCCUGGCUCCUCUGUCUCAGUGCUGCAUGAUAAAGCGCUCCACGCUGCUGAGGCUGCAGAUCCUGGCCCGAUCAGAGUUCAGGCUUAGCGACGUGAUGAGGGAGUCUCUGGAGGGAGACCCUUUACGUCCGGUCCUGACCGAGCCCCACCUCUCGGCGCUGGACCGCAGGUUACAGAAGGUCCUCCGAGUGGUCCAGCGCUGCGUCCGGAGGCUGGGCGAGGAUGAAGUGAUCACCAAGGACUUUAUCAAAGCUACAGGGAAACCUCAGACGGCCACAGUGGGGGAAAGAGCCAGGUAACAGAGGAUGAAACGGUCAGGGCUCUGCUUCGUUUGCUGCUUUUGGAGAAGACUUCAUGAUGGAGUGGAGAAGGCUCAGGUUUUAAGGAACAAGCUGUUAUUAGAAAUGCUGUGAAAACAUCAGAGGAGGUCGUCAGAGAGUCAGAAAAUCACUUCAGGUAGCUCAACCGUAGGUCAUAAAUUCACCCCAAGCUGCAUUUUAAGACAGAACCUUCACUUUUCACCAUGUGCACAUAAGUCAGAGGUUCGUAUAUUUUACCUUGGAAGGAACAACUGAAGACCAUUUUCAAUCUGCAAAUUAGCUGGAAGAGAACAAUCUAUACAGUCGUCCUCAAAUCUAUUCAACAGAAAUAUAUAAAAAAC